CAGGUUUAUUACAGGGACGUGGCCUUUCACCACUGUUGGGCCUCCACAGCUGCGAGAGGGUUAAACACACAGCUCCUACAGCUGCCGCGCGGUGGGGGUGUGGACACACACACACACACACACACGUCGCGUUGCUCUCGAACGGACGGUCGAGUCGCACCGCGGGCAGCAGCAGCAGCAGCAGCAGCAGCACAGGAGCCGGUCGAGCCGUCGGACAAGUGUUCCCGCCGUCAGCGCAGCCUCAGGAGAAUAGAGCCAUGGGGAAAGGAUGCAUCACGGUCACCAAGUAUUUUCUAUUCCUCUUCAACCUCCUCUUCUUUAUCUUCGGAGCCUUGAUCAUGGGCUUUGGACUGUGGGUUCUCUUUGAUAAUCAGAGCUUCAUUGCUGUUCUGCAGGAAUCAUCAGACACCGUGAAAGUGGCUUCAUACAUCCUCAUUGGCGUGGGUUCACUGUCGAUGGCCAUGGGCUUCUUCGGCUGCAUAGGAGCCAUCUACGAAAUCCGAUGUCUGCUGGGUCUGUACUUCACCUGCCUCCUGCUCAUCCUCAUCGCCCAGGUCACCGCCGGAGUCCUCAUUUACUUCCAGAGAGAGCCGUUGAAAUACGAGAUGUCCAAUAUCAUAAAGGGCAUGAUAAUCAACUACACCGGCGAGAACAGGACCACAGAGCACACAUGGGACUUCAUUCAGAGGACGAUGAUGUGCUGUGGAUGGACUGGUCCUGGAAACUGGUCUGAGAACCAUUUGAUCAAGAACAGCACCAAGAACCUCUACCCGUGUUCCUGUCGGAAUGGGGACCUGGCUGGCACGGACAUACAGGAGGUUGGCCUGUGUGAGCACACGUCUGCGCAGCUCCCUGUCCACGAAACGGGCUGUAUAACCAGCGUGGAGAAAUGGCUCCUGGACAACUGCGGGAUUAUUCUGGGAAUGUGUGUCGGCGUGGCAGUCGUGGAGCUCCUCGGGAUGAUUCUCUCCAUGUGUCUGUGCAAGAGUGUCGUCCAGGAGGAUUACACCAAAGUACCCAAGUACUGAGCCGACGUCAGAGCCAGAUUCACACCACACACAGAUGGACGGACUUGUUCCCUCUCCCCCUCUCUCUCUCCUUGUCUCACAUUCUUAUGUACACACACACACACACACACACACACACACACACACACACACACAAAAUAACACAGCUGUCUCCCCAAUUUGAGCUUCUCCUGCCUCAACAGCUGUGCAAAUUUCUCACACUCCAUAUGUCCCACACACACCCACACACACAAGACGCACACACCUCUCAAUCAAACUUGACACACUUGCUGGACACAUCGUUCACGAGUUACCAUUGUUGUCUUAUCACUUGUGUUUUCCAAGGAGACAUUUGCGAUAUAUAUUUUUUUAAGAUUAAGAUACUUUUCUUUUCUUUACAGUUUGAUACUACGCAAAUGUUCAUUAAUGUGUUGUUUUGUUUUUCCUCAGCUGACCUCAAAGGAGCGCUUAACGUAGUGGUAGAGAGAGCACUUUAGUGACAUUUGGUGAGCUGAAGUACCGUCUGAGUCCAGGGCAGAGAGGCGAGGGGGGAGGGGGCGGGAGGAUGUGGGUGUUACGCGUGGGAGACGCUCUUCAGCACCGAUGCCACUCUUGCGAUUCUGCAGCUGGUAUUUUUGGUUCAGAGGGUGGAGGAGAGGCCAAGGGCAGGGCUGCUGUGGUGGAGGGUUUGGCUUCUAUCAGCAGGUCCUCGUACCCAGUAGCCUUGAUAUUAACCCACCGCCACCUCCUCCUCCUCCUCUUCCUCCCUCCCAGCAUCCAUCAUCUGUGAGCGCCUCUAAAUCACAUCUCGUGUCCUCCUCUUGGGUGUCUCUGCCUGGUCGCCAGUAGCUUCCCAAAAUGACUAGUUUUGCAUGAAGUAAGUGUGUGUAUGAUGUGUUGAGUGAGUAUUUUAUUUCUUGUCGUUCCCUUUUUUAUAUUCUCAUGUUAUCUCUGUUUUGUUUUACAACUGUAUAUAUGAGUUUGGUAAGGGAUUGAAGCACCCCCCGGUGCUUGGUCAGCGUUUUAAAUGGGAAAGCUGUCGCCCACAUACUCUUGUUUUAAGAGUUCUAUUGUUCUUCAUUUCCUUUCUGCUGCUGAUGAUGGACAGAAAGUGGCUGCCACAGCAGCUUGUCAGCAAUAUUUUGGUCUGAAUCAAAUGAAUUGGAAAGUGGUUACAGUGAAUCUGUCGUCACUCUUGAAAAAUAUGUAUUUUUUCAUUUCUUUAGAAUUGCAUCUGCUUGUGAACAGUCUUCCAGAGCACUUGCCCUGAACAACUGACACGUCAGUUUUUACAAGUCUUGUGGGGUUUUUUCCCCAUGUGUGACCACAGUGUAUUUUUCCUGUUCUCAAAUGAUUGUUUUCUGAAGUAAUUUUGCUUGGCUCAUAUUAUAAGUAACAAGAGCAGAGAAGUGAUUUCAUAUUUCCAGACGAUGUGAUGACCAGACAAUGACCCUACAUCAACUCGUACUAUCUUUGGUAAAGAUUUUUUUUUUUCCAAAAAAUAUUGCUUUGUGUUUCCUCAUCCCACUUUUGAUCCAUCUCAUCAUCUCGGUCAUUCCACUUCCUUUUGAACACACUAUACGGCUGAGUUCAUGGUGAGUGUAGUGGAUACAUUGCUCUUUUUUUUCUCACAGGAGUCACUUCACAUUAUGUUCAUAAUGACACAAGAUGGAGGAAACUGGCUGUUGUUUAAAAGAACAGUCGUCUUUCACAGUUACAAUCAGCCUCUGUUGUUGGACCUGCCAAAUUGAAACCUUAAUUUAACGUAAAGAGAGAUGAAGGAUUUUAAUUUUAUUGUGUGUUUAAGAUAUGUCUACACUCAUACAAAAAAGGAAUGAUUUUUGAUUUGUGGACCUGUAAGCCAUGUUUAAAACAUUGUGUAUUUGUUUUUAUUAUUGAGAACUAUUAAAGUUAAGUCCAGUAGA